AGAUGGUGACGACGACAUUCGUGUCUUGAGGUUUCAACCUUCCCAGAUACUGUUAUUCCUAAAUAUUCAUGCAAUGGCGUCUGGUCAGAUAUAUCGAGCUUGAAUCAUACUUCUAAUGUUGAAAACUACUUCGCUCCACUAAUCGUGACUCCAUCCUCUACCAUACAUAUCUCGAUAUCGCUCUGCGACCAAUUGCAUCCGUUAUCGGAAGCGCUGAUGACGAGAACCAGUGAUGAAUGAAGACAACAUAUCGCCCGAAAGGGGCGAUGAACAGCUCAGCAAUAAUGACAAUCCGUCUAAAAGGCCGCAAUCAUCCUCAUCAUCGACACUGACAGGCCGCUCUCGACCAUCGGAGAGUUCGAAUGAAUCUACUCCUCUACUCGCUCGAGAACGUGGUCAACAACAAGAUGAUGCUUCUUCCUCAUCAGUAGCAAAUCGUGCAGCAGCCGCGCUUCUGUCUCUUCAGGGGCGCUUUCAAACCAGCCGCGGGAAGAGUCGGCGAUGGCCAACCAUAAUAGCGUUGUGCAUUUUGUGUGCCUUGGUCGUUGUUAUCAUGGUCGUAGGGUUCUUUACACCACGGGCAAUGCAAGAAUAUGCAGAAACAGCAAUGAUUUUUGAACCCACGAAUCUUUCGAUUGACUCCUUCACAUCUUCUGGUGUCCGGGCCAGAAUCCAAGGUGAUUUCGUUCUCGACGCCUCUCGUGUCCACAAGAAAGCAAUACGUGAUCUUGGCCGUGCAGGGACUUGGAUUGCCAGGAAAGCAGAGAGUGGGCCGACAGUCGUUGAGGUGUAUUUCCCGAAAUAUGGUGAUUUAGCACUUGGCAAAGCAACAGUUCCUCGCAUCGUUUUUAAUCUCCGAAACGGGAGAACGACUCAUAUUGAUUUCUUGACGGAUAUUGAACCUGGUGAAUCGGAAAUUCUGAGCCGCGUGGCUAAAGAUUGGUUGGACGACAGGCUGAGUCAAUUAGAAGUCAAAGGGAAGGCCGAUGUCAAACUGAAAUCUGGCAUAUUUAAGCUGGGGACCCAGCAAAUUUCAACGACGCUGACUUUCCAGGAUGAUGAUGUUCCAGAAAUUCCCAAUGUUCAUGUGGACCAUUUGGAAAUUCGCGAGAUUUCAACGCCGAAGUCUUCGAAAGGAAUGAGUGCGAACGUUUCGCUCAAGAUCUCCAAUAAUUACCCUGUCAAGUUCACAGUGCCUCCUCUUGGAUUCAACAUAUUAGUACCGAACUGCGUUCCAUCUGAGCCAUAUAUUAUGGUGGCACAUGCAACUACUGAGUCUAUAAUGAUAGAACCGCGCCAGCCUGUCCAUGUCAACGCAAGCGGGGUUGUUCGUGAGCUCCCAGAUACUCUCACUUCAACUUGUCCUAGUUCGCAUUCGUCGCCCCUUGACCUGCUGCUCACAGGUUAUCUAAAGGGUCAGAAGACUACGCUCUACGUUCGAGGAUCAGAGACUGGUUUGGAUACUACGCCUCCGUGGAUUGCGGAAUUAAUAUCAAGUGUCACAGUGCCUAUACCAUUUCCUGAACACAGCUUCAAGGAUUUGAUCAAGAACUUCUCUUUGGAAAAUGUCCACAUCAAUCUGCCAGAUCCGUUUGCGGAGCCUGACACGCCAGAGGCACGACCAAAGCUUUCCGCAGUCGUGAAGGCGGUGGUAACCGUACCAGAUGUUGUGAAUUUCCCACUAAAUGUUUCAAGCGUCCGGGCUGGUGCGGAAAUCUUCUACCAUGGAAAGGAACUUGGCAUUCUCGACCUCCACAAAUGGCAAGAAGCCAAUUCAAGCAGCGUUAUUGAUGAGCGCAACAAUACCAACCUGCAAAUUGAAUCCAUUGUCAACGAUGCACCGUUGGAGAUUACCAAUGAAGAUACAUUUGCAGAACUGAUGCAGAAACUCAUCUUUCAGAAACAAGAGGCAAUUUUGACAGUUGCGGCCGAUGUCGAUGUCAAAGUGGACACCGUUCUUGGUCAGCUUACAAUGAAAAGGAUCCCCGCCAAAGGAAGCAUUCCGAUAAAACCGAUAGCUGGAAAAGGCCUGGAGUCGUUUGCGCCCAAAGUUGGUUCUCUAAAAAUACUUGAAACCACAGAGUCAUCGCUGUCCCUCCAGGCUUCUGUUAACUUUACAAACCCCACCAACUAUUCGGCAGCUAUACCUUUUGUCGAUUUUGAAUUUCUAUCCAAUGGUACAAUGCUUGGGCAUGCCACGGCCAAAAACAUCUUAAUUGUUCCAGGCUCAAAUGAAAAUGUGGUUGUCGAGGCGCUUUGGGCACCCGCGACAUCGGGAGGCCCUGAAGGAGAAAAAGUAGGCAAGGAGCUUUUGUCUCAGUAUAUUUCCGGAUAUAAUACAACGGUAACGUUGAGAGCGCACGAGGGCUCUAUUCCAGCACAGCCCACGCUUGGCAAAGCCCUUUCAUCAUUAGAGAUUGAUAUCCAAAGCCCAAGGCUACGGGCACCAAAAACACCUGACGAUGGCGAUGACGAUGGGGAAGACGACCAAGGACCCAAGUUUAUCAAGGAUGCAACGAUGCACCUCCUUACUUCAACAGCUACCUUCGUCUUGCUUUCCCCUCUUCCACACACGACGCUCUAUAUAACGCAUAUCGAUGCGACUGCCUUUUACAACCACACCGAACCUGUUGGGAGAAUCGUGUACAACUAUCCUAUUGCAAUACCGCCGGGCAUCUCACAAACUCCAAGAUUGCCCGUCACAUGGAAUCUCAACAGCGUGGGCUACGAUGCCGUCCGCCGCACACUCGGUGGCUCUCUAAAACUCGACGCCAAGGCAGUAUUAGGCGUGAGGAUAGGCGAAUGGGGUACGACGGUUUGGUUCCAAGGCGGUGGGAUCGGGGCCAAGAUUCGACUCUAGCGUACGCAUUGGCUUUCAUUUUCACAAGUAUGGAGAUGCGAGAUGUUAUGAGUCGCUUAUAUAUGAGUCAUUGCCUGGUUCGCAAGCUCAUUGUUUUGGCCCUCUUUUGAUCCUUCGAUCCAUGCCCAUCUUUAGGCGUGUUGGAAUCGGAUUGUGAGCCUUACGGCAAAAGAUAGAAUAACGGAUAUCAUGCACUUUUCUUUCUUUACAGCACCAUUAUAAUACACAAAAGAUGAUCGUCAGUGGCAAAUGUGCUUGAUAAUUGCGGCGAUUCAAUUCGAGACCCGCAACAUGAAUCAGUGGGAAUAGUCAACUGAAGCAAAUGAGCUGAAGAAUUAUAUAGAGAAAUUAUAGUAGAUUCAAUGCUAACCCUG